AUGGCAGAGGACCCGAAGAAGCAGAGAACUUGCAGAGAAGUGGCAGCAGCAGAAAAUAAGCAGCAGCAGAACCAGGAGACCAGCAUGUCCCCGGACAUUCCCCGGGAGCCCUCUCUGAGCAUGAGGUUGCCGGCCUGGCCCGAUUCUCCCUUCGCAGGCCGGGUGCGUGGGGUCCAUGGCCCUCUUGCCGCUGGCUGCCCGCGCGCAAGGGUGAAGAUGCCGACUGUCCGAGCGGCUGCGACCAUGUACUCCUGCGCCCAGAUGUCGGUGGGUGCCCGCCGGUUUCAGGUGUGGAGGAGACCCGGGAAAGGGCGGGGCGUCCGAGGGCGGGACGCUCAGGCCCCACCCCGCGCCCGCUUCCACGCUGUGCGGCCAGACAGUGAAGCCGAAGCCGAGUCGCCCGUGGCCUUAGCGCGGCGCAGCCGGGAUGCGCGUAGCGGCGGCCGGGCCAACGCGGCCGGGAGCGCGGGGGCCGGAUCCAGGAUCGGCGGGGCCGGGCCAGGGGCCGCACUGAGGGCGCCCUGCGCGCUGCUGCUGCUGGUGGUGCUGGUGCUGUGCGCUUACUGCCUGGGCGCCGUCCAGGGCCGCUGCCUGUCCACCGCCCGCGCCCCCGUGCCGGCUCCCGCGGCGCCCCGUGCCGCCCGCCGCCCGGGGGUACCCAGCCUGCGAGUGGCCAGCGGCCACGGCCGUCAGCGCUUCCCGCAGGCGCUCAUCUUGGGCGUGAAGAAAGGCGGCACGCGCGCGUUGCUGGAGUUCCUGCGGCUGCACCCCGAGCGCGCGCUCGGCUCCGAGCCCCACUUUUUCAACAGGUGCUACGAGCGCGGCCUCGCCUGGUACCGGAGCCUGAUGCCUCGAACAGUGGAGGGGCAGAUCACCAUGGAGAAGGCCCCUAGCUACUUUGUGACAUGUGAGGCUCCCCAUUGUAUCCACGGCAUGUCCCCGGACACAAAGCUGAUAGUGGUAGUGCGCAACCUCGUGACGUGGGCCAUCUCCAACUAUGCCCAGGCUCUCUCCAGAAUGCCAGGCCUGCCCAGCUUCCGUGCCCUGGCCUUCUGCCAUGGCCUGGGCCCUGUGGACACAGCCUGGAGUGCCAUGCACAUUGGCCUGUACGCCCAGCACCUGGCCCACUGGCUUUGUUACUUCCCUCUGUCUCACUUCCUAUUCGUCAGGGGUAAGUGCCUGGUAAGUAACCCCGCUGGGAAGGUGGGCCGAGUGCUGGGCCUCAAGCGGGUCAUCACAGACAAGCAUUUCUACUUCAAUGCCACGAAGGGCUUCCCCUGCCUCAAGAAGGCCCAGGGGGCCAGGCAGCCCCACUGCCUGGGUAAGUCCAAGGGCCAGCCCCACCCCCGCGUGCCCGAGGCCGUGGUCCAGCGCCUUCACGACUUUUACCGGCCCUUCAACUGCAAGUUCUACCAGAUGACCGGCCACGACUUUGGCUGGGACUGACUGCCCCAUGUCCUGCCCAGGGAUGCCUGGGUACCUUAAUUUAUGUCUGUUCACUGGCCAGAGUGGGUUGCUUUUAUGUGACGUACUUGAGGAAAAAAUGUUGUCGGUAUUCUUCAUGUGACCUGGAAGGCUGGGCAGUGGGGAUGGGAGUGCCCCAGCCAGGGAAUAAUCAAGCCAGCCCACCCUACAGAGUGUGAAUCGUUGUGAGGCGCCAUUCAGAACCCGAAGUGGAAGGAGCCCUGGUGGUGCUAACCGAAAGCACUCGGCUGCUAAACAAAAGGUUAGUGGUUCGAACCCACCCAGCGGCACCAUGGGAGAAAACCUGGCAAUUUGCUCCCACAAAGAUUACAGCCUAGGAAAUGCUAUGGGGCAGUUCUACUCUGUGGCAUGGGGUAGCUAUGAGUUGGAAUUGCCUGGACAGCACCCAACAACAGUGCACAGUGGCCGCUGGCUCCUGCCAGUGAGUAUGAAGUGACCCCAUGUCUAUUUGG